AUGGACGACGUCAACGGCAUAGAAGAGGAGUUGUCCAAUUCUCUUCAUGAUUUACUGAGAGGAAUCAGCUCGCCGUCCUCACAAUCUGUACAUACACAAUGGAGCUCGAGGCUACAGACACAUGAGAGUUCCACCACCCAGACUACUCGCCCUUCGUUACCAUUGUCCUCGAAUGUGACAUCUAGUAGGACCACACCGAGGCCCCAUGGCCCACCACGGAGCAGGACAAUUUCUACACCGGCCGAGCGCGACGCUUCAGCCUCAGAGCCAACCCAUCUCCUGAACCAGGUCAGCCCACCUCCACGUUCGAUCUUUGUGUCCGGUCCACCGACUUCAUCCGUUUCGGCCAAUACAGCCCACGCUUCACUCAGUACCACUUCGGCUUCUGGUAGCUCUCUCCCGCUUUCUGCUUUGACAGGCACUGGAUUAAAUCGGAGGCCUGCUCAGAGACCUCCCGAUCUUACUAUAUCUACUGCCAGCGCUAGUAUACCAGGCAUCGAGAAGGAUGUGGACGAUCUGGACAACACCCUCGCUCACGAUGGAAUUGAUCUAGGACCCUCCAACACAUCUCAAAAACUCUCAAGCCUGUUCGUGAGUGAUACGCCUGGGCUUUUGUCUAGAGAGCCUACACAACUCCGACCCUACUCGAAUCCGCGAAGUCCACCCCCCGACGCGACUACCCUGAUUGGUCAUCUCUUAUACAAUGGCUUCCUCGGCGGAAAACACUCGGACAUUACUGUGCACGCCUUUGGCCAACGCUACAGAUUACACAAGCUCAUACUGGAUAGAGCUCCAUACUUUUCGUCGGCCUUCUGUGGCCCGUGGACAGAAAGUUCCGCCAAUGAAGUGACAAUCGUUCCUGAAGAGAUCGAUCCAAACAUUACUCAGACUGCCUUUGAGCUUGCGCUGAAACGGCUGUAUGGUACUUCGAUAGCUUCACAAGAAGAGCAAGAAGCUGUUGGUCUCUUCGCGACUGCCUGCUGGCUUGACAUGCCCGAUCUUGUUGAUGUUGCUGUCGAUUACAUUCUAAAGCAGAUGACCACAACAAAAUUGCACACUCUGAUCAAGCUUGUGACUACGAAUUAUUACGGUAGACCCGGUGAUCGCAUCCUUUCUUCUGCAAAGGCAAUGCUUUGCCGUGAGGGUUGGGAAAUGCCGUAUGAGCACUGGGACUAUGUACCAGCCGAGAUCAUUCGAGAGAUCGUGGGAGGAGACCCUUUCUACGUUCCGGGAGAAUGGGAGCGCUGGUUUCUGACGCUGAAGAUUCUGAACCGCAGGCUCAGAAGGCUAGCUAUUGAGGCCAACUUAGUGGAUGCGAGAGGCACUUACCUGCAUCCUCCGCCACAGUCCUUGCGCUUUUUUGCAGUGAGGUUUGACACUACUUAUCGUAGAGAUACAAGUUUCGGUGUACAGAGACAGUGGUCGGACAGAGAUGAUGGUUGGUGCUCGCUAUACACUGCACCUGAGGUGAGCCCGCUUCUUGUCCUGCUCGACGAGGGUAUUCAUUAUGUCCACCUACGAUUUGAGCAACUACAGCAUAUCCGAGCAUCAAGAGACAUAUUAGGUGUGCCAGUGAUACCAGACAAGGUUGUCUCCGAUGCACUCUGGAUGCAGAUGGAGCUUCGACAACGUGUGCUGAAUGCGCACGAAGGCGAUUUGGAACUUGGAUUUAGUGAAAUUGCAGAAGAACAGGACGAGCCAGUGGUCGAAGAUUUGCUUCGCGAGUCGGUCAAAGGAAAGGAGAAGGAAGAUGUACCUCGAAUUUCCCGCACCACAUCCGAUUUCGAGAUGGACUCAGGUUCCUGGGACGGAAAUGGCAGGCCUCGAAAGUUCUGGAUUCCUUCGUCGGACGUGUCUUGCAUUGUAGGGGGUGCACGAGAUGCUGUUUCAACUCCAGCAGCAACCACAAGUGGAGACUGGUUGACCAACGCGACACGUUUGUCGGCGAGCCUCGAACCAAGCGACGUUGCAUGGGCUGCUGAUUUCGCUGGUAACGUCUUUGAAACUACGUCGAACUCGCGCAACGUGGCUUCAUCUUCACCACCACGUUUCAGUCAUUACCCUCCCUUCAGAUUUUCCACCGAGUUUCCGAACCCUAGGACUCUGAAGGAGAAGAAGCGAGUGUACUCGCAGACCGUCUGGUACGCCGGCAGCAUGUGGAACCUGUAUAUUCAGCGGAUCAAUACACAAAAGGGUCAACAACUCGGCAUAUAUCUUCACCGAGCCAAAGACAAGGACCCAUCUGACGAUCCUCUAGCACAAUUUGUUCCAGCCAGUGUGGACGAUCGUAUUGGACAAUUAGAGCGCGAAAUGCUUUUGCGGAAGGCCAAUCCUCGACAGCAUCCGUCAACGUCGUGGCACGAAUCUGCAGGACAGGAGCACGAUGAGCGUUCGUCGCCAACUCGCGAAUUUGAUGGAAACACGUCGAUGCUGCUUUCUCCAAGCAGAAGUAUUUCCUACUCAGGUCCUGGUUUCAUCCAGAAGUCCUCACAGCAACCCUCGAAACCAGCUAAUACACGUGCGCUAUAUCAGGUACACUGUAAAAAUGCAUCCAGCGAUUCUGAUGGUGCGAACAUGCUGCCGGAAUCACCGAGUUUUGAUGCAGCUCUGAUUCGGGCAAAUCAGCAAUUCGUUUCAUCAAUCUCAACGAUGCCUCCAUACACUGACUCGCGGAGUACUAUUAAGACAUACUUCAAGAUCUAUAGUCCAAGCAAGGCAGGUAGGUUGCUCAGUGUAUAUGAAAGUGCGCCGGAUAGUUUCAAUUUUGGCAAGAGCUGGGGAUGGAGGAGCAGUCAGCUUAUCCUCGAUGAUGGAAUUGGAUACGAUUCGGGACUGACAUCGAAACCUCCUACAGUGAGUUUGCCAAACGGAAAAGAGAGCAAGCUGCGAUACAUGGUGGUCAUCGGCAUCGUGUGA